UAAAGCCUUAUAUCAAAGUUAGUAACGUUAUGAUUAUCGUAAUGUACUACGAUCAGUCGGAUGAAAGAUCAUAUAUUUACUAUGUCAAAUUACCCGAAAUUGAGCAUAAGUUCGCUAUAGGAUGUAAGAAUUUACGUUCAGCGAACGUCGGUUAUAUAAUCGAUCUUGCUAGAGAUGUAGCCGAAAGGAACAGGUAUGAAUACACUGAUGAUCCCACAGUUUUCUGUCAUGAUAUUGGUAAAAUUGUAAUUGAUAACACUGCGCUGGCAUUCUGUAUAUCGAAAGGAUAUACAUUUGAAGUUUUUAAUGGCAUAAAAGAGGUUAAACAGGAGCAAAAACAAGAGCCAAAAGAUGAGCCAAAAGUUGAGCCAAAAGAAGAGCCAAAAGAUGAGCCAAAACAAGAGGCAAAGGAAGAACGAAAUGAAGAGCCAACAGCAGAGCCAGCAGAUGAGCCAAAACAAGAGAAUGAAGAAGGCAAAGUGCUCGCGGAACCCGAGUCGAAACAAUGACGAUCUUGUGGCUUACUAUAAAUUAUUAUGUUAUAAAUAAUAAUUUUAAAAAUUUCUUAAUAGAGCCGGAUGUUGAUUAGUAUCGUAUUUACUGGAAUAAAAAGUUAUUUCUUA